AUGGCCGCGGGCCUGGAACAGAGGCUGGGCAGCCUCGCCGUCUUCACCCGUGACGACUUCGAGGGCGACUGGCGCCGGGUGGCCAACGGCGGCUUCGGCCAGUCGGAGGCCGCCAGGUACCUGCCCGCGCUGCCCCGCAGCGCUCAGAGGGGACGGCCUGAGGCCCCGGGGAGCUCCCCAGGGCGGGCUGGGGGGCCUGACCCAGGCCCAGCCAUGGCCGUUUGUCUCCCUACCUGCAACGCAGUUGGGCCGCUCUACCCGUCUGUGGAAUCCACGGAGGGCAAAGGGGAGCAAGAACUACCCUCCAAAGACACCUUUGUCCCAUCUGACCUCCCCGACUGCUACGAUGUGGAUUGUCUCAUUGAAGAAGCAGCCAAAAUGGAGAAGAUCAGGAUGAGACUUUAUCCACAGCCCCUCUGGAUAACGAUUUCAGAUUUCGGCCUGUCCAAGUGGAUGGAACAGUCAACCCGGAUGCAGUACAUUGACAGGUCAGCUCUGCGGGGCACCCUCAGCUACAUCCCCCCUGAGAUGUUCUUGGAAAGUAACAAGGCCCCAGGGCCCAAGUAUGACAUGUACAGCUUCGGCAUUGUCAUCUGGGAGCUCCUCACUCAGAAGAAACCGUAUUCAGGCUUCAACAUGGUGACUAUUGUCGCCCGAGUGGCCGCAGGCAUGCGGCCCUCCCCGCAGCCUGUCUCGGACGAGUGGCCAGGCAAGGCCCAGCAGACGGUGAACCUGAUGAGGCGCUGUUGGGAUCAGGACCCCAAGAAGAGGCCCUGCUUUCCAGACAUCACAGUCGAGACAGACAUGCUGCUAUCCCCUCAGAGUCCCGUGGCAGAAACAGACAGUGAGGCUCUGGCCGGGAAGGUGUCCUGCAAGCUGUCUCUGCACCGGCCUCGGGAGGUCAGAGGUCCUUUUUCCAACCCCAUCUCCCUCCCAGCAGACUCGGGGGACUACUUGAAGGGGGUCCUGCAGCUCUUGGACAGCGAGACCCCAGUCCCGAGCGACAAGGAGCUGCGCAUCUAUGAGAACCAAGUCACGCCCCUCCACUUCCUGGUGGUGCAGGGCAGCGUGGAGCCGGUGAGGCUGCUGCUGGCCCUCGAGGUCGAUGUGGCCUGCCAGACCGCCUGCGGCUCCACGCUGCCCCUCAUCGCCGCCCAGGACCAGCAGCCUGACCUCUGCGCCCUGCUCCUGGGGCACGGGGACACCAACCUGGCAGACGAGGACGGCUGGGCCCCGCUGCACUUUGCAGCCCAGAACGGGGAUGACUUCCCCGCCCGCCUGCUCCUGGAGCACGGGGCCCACGCGGAUGCCCGGGAGCACGAGGGGUGGACCCUGCUCCACCUGGCUGCACAGAACAACUUUGAGAAUGUGGUAUGGCUUCUGGUCUCCCACCAAGCUGACCCCAACCUGCAUGAGGCCGACGGCAAGACCCCUCUGCACGUGGCUGCCUACUUUGGCCACGUCAGCCUGGUCAAGCUGCUGACGGGCCAGGAGGCUGAGUUGGAUGCUCAGCGGAGAAACCUGAGGAUGCCUCUGCACCUGGUGGUGGAGCGAGGCAAAGUGAGGGCCAUCCAACACGUGUUGAAGAGCGGGGCGGCUCCCGAUGCCCUUGACCAGAGUGGCUACAGCCCACUGCACACGGCAGCCGCCAGGGGAAAGUGCCUGAUCUGCAAGAUGCUGCUCACGUACGGGGCCAGCCUCGAGCUGCCGACCCAGCAGGGCUGGACCCUACAUCUCGCGGCCUACACGGGCCACUUGGAGGUCAUCCACCUGCUGGUGGAGAGCCGUGCAGACUUGGGGGCUCCUGGAGGCAUGAAGUGGACGCCCCUGCACCUCGCCACCUGCCAUGGGGAGGAGGCUGUGGAGUUAGCUGACCCCAGUACUGCCGAGCAGUCGGGCUGGAUGCCCCUCCACCUGGCCAUCCAGAGGGGUGCCUUCCUGGGCGUCGUCAACCUCCUGGAGCACCAUGCAGACGUCCAUGCCCGCAACAGGGUGGGCUGGACGCCCGCCCACCUGGCCGCCCUCAAGGGCAGCAUGGCCAUCCUCCAAGUGCUGGUCAAAGCUGGUGCCCAGCUGGACAUCCGGGGGGUGGGCUGCACACCCCUGCAGCUGGCCCUCCGGAGCCAAAAGCAGAACAUGAUCGUCUUCCUAGAGGGCAAGGAGCCCUCCUCGCUGGCCCUGCUGGGGGAUGCCGAGCCUGGAGCCCAGAUGAAAUGUAAGCAACCUGGGGCCUCCUUACCUGGCAGGAAGUGA